CCUUGACUCCUGCCACAGACAUGCUCCUCGACCUCAGUGACCUGCUCCAGGUGAACGUGUACGUGCUGGGGAAGACGUUCCUUCUUCUGGCAAGAGAACUGUGCAUCAACGCGCCGGCGAUCGAUCCGUGCCUGUACAUCCCGCGCUUUGCCCACCUGCUGGAGUUUGGGGAGAAGAACCACGAGGUGUCCAUGACGGCCCUGAGGCUCUUGCAGAGGAUGAAGAGGGACUGGAUGCACACCGGCCGGCGCCCCUCAGGCCUCUGCGGAGCAGCACUUCUGGUUGCAGCCAGGAUGCACGAUUUCCGGAGGACCGUCAAAGAGGUCAUCAGCGUGGUCAAGGUGUGCGAGUCCACGCUGCGCAAGAGGCUGACGGAGUUUGAAGACACGCCCACGAGCCAGCUGACCGUGGACGAGUUCAUGAAGAUCGACCUGGAGGGGGAGUGUGACCCCCCUUCGUACACGGCAGGGCAGCGGAAGCUGCGCAUGAAGCAGCUUGAGCAAGUCCUGUCCAAGAAACUGGAGGACGUUGAAGGUGAGAUAUCCAGCUACCAGGAUGCCAUCGAGAUCGAGUUAGAGAACAGCCGGCCGAAGGCGAAGGGGGCCCUCGCCAACCUGACUAGGGACGGCUCCGUCGAGGACUCCACGUCCAGCUUAUUUGGUGAGGAGGACCCCGAGGACGAGGAGCUGGAGGCUGUCGCCAGCCACCUGAACAAGGAUUUCUACCAAGAGCUGCUUGGCGGCAGCAUUUCCAGCAGCUCCGAGGUGGCUGGAGGCCCUGAGGGGGCCAAGGGGCCCCCGGCCCUGGAGUCCCUGCUCGGCCCCCUGCCCACGGCGGCCAGCCUGGGCAUCUCGGACUCCAUCCGAGAGUGCAUCUCCUCCCAGAGCCAGGACCCCACGGACGGGUGUGGGGACGGCGAGCUGGACCUCAGUGGCAUCGACGACUUGGAGAUUGACAGGUACAUCCUGAACGAGGCGGAAGCCCGCGUCAAGGCCGAGCUGUGGAUGCGGGAGAACGCCGAGUACCUGCGGGAGCAGAGGGAGAAAGAAGCAAGAAUCGCGAAGGAGAAGGAGCUUGGCAUCUACAAGGAGCACAAGCCCAAGAAGUCUUGUAAGCGACGGGAGCCGAUUCAGGCCAGCACGGCCGGGGAGGCCAUUGAAAAGAUGUUGGAGCAGAAGAAAAUCUCCAGCAAGAUCAACUACAGCGUGCUCCGGGACCUCAACAGCAAGGGUGGGGGCAGCCUGCAGGGGGAGGACGUGCAGCCCGAGGAGCGGGCCAGUGCCCGGAAGCUGUCUCGGAGGAAGACGCCUGCCGGCAGGAGCGGAACUGACCCCGUGAGCAGCGUGGGGAAAAGGCUGAGGCCCAUGGUGUCUGCACAGCCAGCCAAGAAGGCAGCCGUAGGAGAGACCUCGCCCACCCUGGGAGCCGAGCCUGUCCGGCCCUCAGCGGUGGUGGAGAGCGGGCCGGUGUCCUACCACCCCGAGGAGGACCCUGACGAGGAGGACCCCGACGAGGAGGACGGGGAGCCCUGUGUCAGCGCCCUGCAGAUGAUGGGCAGCAACGAUUACGGCUGUGACGGCGAGGAGGAGGAGGGUUACUGAGCCCGCCCUGCAGCCAGCGGCGUCUGGCGGGGCUCAGACGGGGCCUCUGUGGGCCCGCCUGCCCUGCGGCCCUCGCCACAGCCGCUCGGCACCUCCGUGGCCCUCGCCGCCGGGACCACAUCUGGAGCACCGUAAGGAGCGUUUGCCAGCGAGGGGACUGGACCCGUGUCUGCGCGUCCCGUGAGAUGUGGGUCUUACAGCCCGGGGACCCUCACAGGUGGCACCGCCUUGUCCCGUGGGAGGACACUGAGGCACGAGGAGGCUCACUCGUGGAAGUGAGUGCCGGACUGGAGGGGCUGAAGCUCCCCACCGGCUGCCCCAGUGAGGCCUCGGCCCCCACCCAGCCCCUCCCGCGCUGCGUCUUCAGCCGGACCCGGACUGUCCCGCGCCUGGCCACAGCCCGGCCGCUGGUGGCCUGAGUCAGCCGCACUCUCAGCAGAUGUGGGACGGUCGGCUCCACGCCCCCGGGUGCACAGCUGCUCUGGGGGGGUGCCCUGCGCAGCCCAUGUGGCUGGCCUGGGUGUCGGGCUGGCCCUGCGCCGAGCCGGAGUCAGGCAGAGCGGGGUCUUGUUUGAGCUGGGGUCUGGCUCAGGGCCUGCAGAGGGAUGGCGGGCAGA